CGCUGCGAACCAGUUUAUGACAAGCCAACUACGAAACGCCGCCGAGUCACUUACUUCCCGAGUGACACUCAGUUGUUUUGUUGUCGGCUUUCGACGGAUAAAUAUUUCUGCUCUUAAUUACCGGGAUUGUUCAUUCGGUAUGUCUGUGCGGUGAUGGGGCUGUUAACACUACUAAAAAAAAUGAAACAGAAAGAAAAAGAGAUGCGAAUUCUUAUGCUUGGCUUAGAUAAUGCUGGUAAGACAACAGUGCUAAAAAAAUUCAAUGGUGAAGAUGUUGAUACCAUAUCUCCAACUUUAGGCUUUAACAUUAAAACUUUAGAACAUCUCGGUUAUAAAUUAAACAUAUGGGAUGUUGGUGGCCAAAAGUCUCUCCGUUCCUACUGGAAAAACUACUUUGAAUCGACUGAUGGUCUUAUCUGGGUUGUUGAUAGUGCUGACCGAAUGAGGCUGCAGGAUUGUAAGCAAGAACUGGAUGCUUUAUUAUUGGAAGAACGAUUAGCAGAUGCAACACUACUAGUUUUUGCAAACAAACAAGACUUACCUGGUGCUCUUAAAGCCGAAGAAAUCAGAGAGAUUUUAAAACUGGACAACAUAAAAUCUCACCAUUGGCUAAUACUUGACUGUAGUGCCCUGACUGGAGAGAAUUUACUGCAAGGGAUGGAUUGGUUAAUUGGAGACAUUGCGAGUCGAAUAUUUACCAUGGACUGAACACUAACAGCUCAUUUUUUUUCAUUCAUCGGAAAUUAAAUUAAAUGUUUCCCAAAAUGUUGUAAAUGUUGACUUUUUAUUCAUACUACUAAGGUUCACAUAGCAUUAAAAUUGUGUAUAUGUACACCCACA